AUGUCCUACCUCCGCCGUCUUAUCCUGGGAACUCCAACACCCUCCCCUCCCUCUCCCUCGACUCGGUCUUCCUCCCCAGCCAAAGCAGAAGAAGUGCGUCUUGCGCCUGUAUCCAGAAUACUCACACAAAAAGAACAGAAAUCUCGAAAGCGACGCAAUACUUUUAUAUUUUUCCUAGGAGGACUUUUUGGAUUGGUGGUCGCAGGGUUUUUCGCGGGGAGAAAUGAUUUAAUCGAGCUGCCGGAAAUGUUGGAGGGGAUUACCAUGGAUAGUUUGAUGGAUGUGUUGCCGGCGGGUUUUGUGAAAGAUGCGAGGGAUUUGGCUAAGGGAGAACGGGAAGCUGUGAAUUAUGAUUCAUUCUCUGUGGGUUUGCAUCUCAAGGCGCAAGGGAUUCAUGCGAAACAUCCGGUUGUUAUGAUCCCCGGAGUGAUUUCCACAGGAUUAGAAUCUUGGGGGACGACGAAUGCUUCACGACCUUAUUUUCGCAAAAGAUUAUGGGGGAGUUGGAGUAUGAUGAGAGCAUUGGUUGCAGAUAAAGAGGGAUGGAAGAGACAUAUCAUGUUAGACAAGCGUACUGGACUGGAUCCCCCCGGGAUUAAAUUGAGAGCUGCGCAAGGCUUUGAUGCUGCUGAUUUCUUCAUAACGGGCUAUUGGAUUUGGAGUAAGAUAUUGGAGAAUUUGGCGACGAUUGGCUAUGAUCCUACGAAUAGUUACACGGCGGCUUAUGAUUGGAGAUUAUCGUAUGCGAACAUGGAGAUUAGAGAUCAAUACUUCACACGACUAAAGAUGCACAUCGAAUUGGCAAAUAAGAUUUCAAAUAAAAAAGUGGUGCUGGUAUCACAUUCUAUGGGUGGUCAGGUGCUGUUCUAUUUCAUGCAUUGGGUAGCAUCUUCAAGUGGUGGGAAUGGUGGAGAUAAUUGGGUUGAUAAAUAUGUUGAUUCUUGGAUCAACAUUAGUGGAUGUAUGCUGGGAGCAUUAAAGGGACUGCCCGCAGUAUUAUCUGGAGAAAUGAAGGAUACAGCCCAGCUUAAUGCAUUCGCAGUUUACGGACUAGAGAAAUUCCUCAACAAAGAAGAACGAGCAGAGAUCUUCCGAGCCAUGCCAGGAAUAUCUUCCAUGUUACCCAUAGGAGGUGAUGCGGUUUGGGGCAACGCAACCUGGGCACCAGAUGAUACCCCGGGUCAAGAAGUCAGCUAUGGACAAUUUCUCAAUUUUAAAAACCAAAAUACUUCAACUGGAUACCGAAACCUUACAGUAUCGCAAUCUUUAGACUAUCUGUAUAAUACCACGGAAGAUUGGUAUAAUAAGGCAGUGAAGGGCAGUUAUUCACAUGGCGUAGCUCAUACGACUGCCGAAGUCGAAGCAAAUGAGAAGGAUCCAAGAAAAUGGAUUAAUCCACUCGAGACGCGAUUACCUCUUGCGCCCAACCUGAAAAUCUAUUGUUUCUAUGGAAUCGGCAAACCAACCGAACGCUCCUAUUUCUACCGCCACUCCGAUAAUCCCCUCUCAUCCCUCAAUAUCACCAUCGACACCGGGCUCACCCAAGCCAACAUCGACCACGGCGUCAUUCUAGGCGAAGGCGACGGUACAGUCAAUUUGCUCAGCGUAGGGUACAUGUGUAACCGUGGCUGGAAAUAUCAUCGCUAUAAUCCGGCUGGCGUCAAGAUCAAAACGUAUGAGAUGCCCCAUGAGCCGGAUCGCUUUAGUCCGAGGGGUGGCCCGAAUACGGGCGAUCAUGUGGAUAUUUUGGGGAGACAGAGUUUGAAUGAUUUGGUGUUGAGGGUUGCGGCGGGGAGGGGGGAGGAAAUUGAGGAGAUGGUUAGUAGUAGGAUUGCGGAGUAUGCGGAGAAUGUGAAGAUUGGGGAGGAGGGGUAUAAGGUUGGGGGUGAGGGUGGGGAUAGGGAUGGGGAUGGGAAUGGGGAGGAAGAAGAAACUAAAAGUGGGAGAGUAAAGGAUAAAGUAGAAGAGAAAGCAGAGGAGGUCAUGCAGACGUUAGAGAGGAUUGUAGGGGGUGCAGGCGCAGGUGCGGAUAAAGAUGAAUUAUAA